CGCCGCACAUUGAGACGCAGGUGACGCAGGUAACGCAGCGUAGGACAGCACAGGUUUCUGUUUUCCGUACAAUUACAUUACGCCGCGCAAAUUGAAACGCAGGGCAGUGCAGCACAGAACUGUGUUUAAGAAAACCUGCCAGCGCAGUCGUCCGGACACAGAUUCCUGUGCCACGUGCAGAGCAGUUUGUUUGUUUCUAGUAAAGUUUUGUGUGGUUAUAUUCGAAAUGAAUGAACAAUUAAUUGAAUUGGUGAGAAGCCAGACAAUUCUUUACGAUACCAACGAUCCCAAUUAUUUAAAAGCAAAAUUGAAGGAUGAAUUAUGGAAUGAUAUAGGAAAAAAACUAAAUUUAAAAAGCGGAAAUGAGGCGAAGACACUUUGGCUUAAGCUUCGUAACUGCCACCGCGAUGCACUGCGAAGACAGAAAAAGUGUCUAAAAAGCGGAGCUGCUGCUGUCGUCAUCAAAAAAUGGAAAUUUCAAAAACAGAUGAAUUUUUUGAUUCCAUAUAUGUCCAACAGAUCACGUGAAGGUAAUUUACAAGAAGAUAGUGAAGAUGAAGACCUACAACAGGAAGACUCCAUAGUUGAUCCAGACAGUGAAAUUUUUGACGAGGUGGCCAGCGACAUUCGACAUGAUACCGAAGAAAUCGAGAGUGUUAAAAAUGAUAUUGUUGAUGAGCCGUCUACGUCUGGUAUUGUUAUACAAAAAAAUAACGAAAAAGGAAAUGCCAAACGUAAGGCAACUGCAGACCAAUCAAUCACAACCAAACCAGCUAAAAAUAAUAAACCUAAAAAUGAUGAUAUACAGGAAGUGAUAAAGCAGUCAAUUAUCCAACGUCAAAAAAGGGCCGAAGAAAGAGCAGUUGAAAGGGCAGUACAGAAGCCUUUGGAUGAUGAUCUCUAUCAUUUUUAUAUGUCGAUGUACAAAAUAACCAAAAAAAUGUCUCCUAAAUUUCAACAUCGUGCAAGAAAUGAUGUGUUUCAAGCUAUAUCGCAGCUGGAAGCUGCAUAUCUAGAAAUGCAGGAUCCCAGUCAAGAAAACUACACUCAUCGUGAACAAAGAGUUUUUACAGGUGCAUAUGUUAAUACUCAUAUUCAGCAGCCCUCUUAUUCGUCAACACCUCUUCCAUCACCAAGUUCCAGCCACAGUAGUCAGAAUACUGAGAAUCAACAUUAUAAUAAUCCUCUAGCUCCUAUGACCAACAACUCUUUUUUAUGCUCGAGUGCUUACAACUCUAGAAGCACCAAUAAUAAUUAUUCAUCUACCACACUCACCCCCAGGUUGUCUACUGAGACAUCUCCUCAAACCGCCAAUACCGGUAAUAUUCGUAAUUUUGUGGAAAAUUAUAGAGUAUAGAAUUAUGACUGUUUAAAUGGACAUUUUUGUAUUUUUUAAUAAAACAUAAAAUUAAUAAAAAUAAUACCUUAAAAAAACAGCUAGUUUUUCUUUAGUUCCUAUUGGUUUUUGGGCAUUACAACCAUCUGAAUAAAUACUGUUUUCUAUUAAAUUAUGUACUUCAUCAACUUGUUUUCUGCUUAACCGAAAAUAAUUUAAAUAAGCAGGGUCAGAGAAUUCGGAUGAUAGUGCAAAUUCCCCGUGAGUACUUCUCUUUUUCAUAUAGUCGCUUUUCCAAAAUGAUUUUUUUCUCUUUGACAUGUUGAAUAAUAAAAUCGUUUCUUCAAAUUCAGCGUCUGACUCUGACUCGGAACUGUCCAGAAAUACCGCCAUUAUUUAAAUUAUAAAAUUCUCUUUCUAUGUUCAGAUAAUAUAUUUGAUAUUCACACCUCAAAAUUUUCGAGAGGACUGCUUCCAAAUAUGCGCUCACACUGCGUGACACGUAUAUUUUCUGACCUGUGUAACCUGUUCUGCACUGCGUCGCCUGUGUCACCUGCGUCCCAAUGUGCUGCUUACCUUAAGUUCGUAUUAUUUCCUGGUGAUCCUCUGCCAUACUAAUUUUACACUGUUCUUACAUGCAAGCAUUUGUAAAUUAAUUUACCAUUAAAGGGCGGCCCAAGGUAUAUUCAUCUUAAAUGGGUGGUUGUAGUUUUGUAUAUUUUAUUUUCAUUUUGUAUUAUUUUUAUUUUAGUUUUGUAAUAUUUUUAAGAACAAAUAAAAUAAUUAUAAUUAUUCUGAA